AUGGAAUGGGACGGACAGAACUUGGUGACAGAGGACGUGACAGUCGUCGAGGGAGAAGUGGCCACCAUCAGCUGCAGAGUCAAAAACAGUGACGACUCCGUGAUUCAGCUCUUGAAUCCCAACAGGCAAACUAUUUAUUUCAGAGACUUCAGACCCUUGAAGGACAGCAGGUUUCAGUUAGUGAAUUUCUCUAGCAGUGAGCUCAGAGUGUCCCUGACCAACGUCUCCAUUUCGGAUGAGGGAAGAUACUUCUGCCAGCUCUACACGGACCCUCCCCAAGAGUACUACAUGACCAUUACGGUGCUGGUCCCGCCACGUAACCUGAGGAUUGAAUCCCAGAAGGACACUGCGGUGGAAGGAGAGGAGAUUGAGCUCAAUUGCACGUCCAUGGCCAGCCGGCCAGCCACGAUGAUCAAAUGGUUCAAAGGCAGCAAGGAGCUCUUUGGCAAAACAGAAGUGGAGCAGUGGUCAGACAUGUACACGGUGACCAGCCAGCUCUUACUGAAGGUCAAGCGGGAGGAUGAUGGGGUCCCAGUUGUCUGUCAGGUAGACCAUCCUGCCAUUAAAGACUUGCAGACCAAGUACUACCUUGAUGUAAUGUAUAAGCCUGAAGUGCAAGUUUUGCAGAAUUCUCCUCCGCAGCCGCUCACAAGGGAAGGAGACCUUCUCGAACUCCUCUGCCAAGUCAAAGGGAAACCAGAGCCUGUUGAUGUGACGUGGUUAAGAGUCGACGAUGAGAUGCCCCAGCACGUUUUGGUGUCGGGGUCAAACCUCCACAUUGACAGCCUAAACAAAAGCGAUAACGGCACAUACCGUUGUGAGGCUUCCAACCAAGUGGGGACGGCCUAUUCUGAUUACACGCUUUAUGUAUACGAUCUUCCCACAACUCUCCCUCCUCCCACCACCACACUUCCCACCACCAUCAUCAUCACCACCACCACCAACAUCGCCACAGACACAACGGCGGCGACAGAACCGGCAGUUCACGGCUUUACUCAGUUGCCCAAUACUGCCGAAGAGCUGGACUAUGGGGAUCUCUCAGAUUCUCGAGCAGGAGAAGAGAGCGCCAUCACGGCGGUGGACCAUGCGGUGAUCGGCGGAGUGGUGGCCGUGGUGGUCUUUGCUAUGCUCUGUCUCCUGAUCAUCCUGGGGCGGUACUUUGCAAGACACAAAGGUACAUACUUCACUCACGAAGCCAAAGGAGCUGACGACGCAGCCGAUGCCGACACUGCCAUCAUCAACGCCGAGGGGGGACAGAACAAUUCCGAAGAGAAGAAGGAGUACUUCAUUUAGAGCCCCCUUGUUCCAGGAGGCGCCCAACGGCCGGGCUGAGGGAGGCCCAGCCCUUCCUAGAAGAUAAAGACAAUGAUGUUGGAAGUUGCUACCAGCUUACAGCUUUUUUAAUUUGUCUCUUUCGUGUGUCUUUCUUUUUCUUUCUUUCUUUCUUUUUUCUUUUUUCUUUUUUUUUUCUUUUUCUUUCUUUUUAUUUUCUACAUUUAUGGCUGGCAAAAUGUGUGGGAGUUGAGGAGUCCCAACGUUUAAAAAAAAAAAAGGUGUUCUUUGUAAAGUACACUCUGCUGUGUGACACUUCUGUAUCAUUGGGUUGUUAAUUCUAUGGCCAAGAUCAGCUUGGAUUUAGUUUAGUUCCAUCAUUUACAGAAAAUUCUGUGCCUUGUUUUAUUUUUUAUUUCAUUGGAGGGAGGGGAGGAGGGAGGGGGA